GCUGGGCUCAUCCCACCGCACCAGCGGGACAAGCGCAAGAACAAGGUGUUGUUGUCUGGACCCCAAAAAAACGCCGACGACAAAUCUCCCGCCGCCAUAAUCUGCCAUAAACUCUUUUUUUGUGCACCUUCUUAACUAGCCUUGCAAGUUCCUGUCCGUCCCUAGACUACUUUCUCGUUGUGUCUGCAUACCGUUGUUGGGGAUGUUGAAAGUGCUUGCCAAAGGUCGCUCCCAGUCUCAGGUGCUCAGAAGUAGUAGCAGCUUCCAGCUUGGAAUACGCGUAUGUUGAGAGAGGAUCACUUGAGGAGACGGAUUGGUUCAGAUACUGAUUGUGGUGCUAGAAUUCGGGAUUGGGGAUGGCGCCAACUAAUGUUCGCAAGAGCAGUUCGCUGCCGGGAGGUAUGCCAGUGCGAUUCUUUGUUUCUUACCCGUCCUGCCCCGCGAUGUGCAACACUUGCUGAUAUUCCCACAGCAUACAAGGAAGAUCUUUCGAAAGGUCCCAUGCUACGAUUCGAAGACUCGCUGCCGAAGUUGCCUGUUCCAACUCUAGAAGAGACCGCUGCGCGAUACCUCAAGAGUGUACACCCGCUUCUGUCUCCCAAGGAGCUCGAAUCGACCACGAAAGCCGUGCAAGACUUUGUCAAACCAGGCGGCGUGGGAAGCAAGCUACAAGAGAAACUGCUCGCCCGACGAGAAGACCCCAAGCACAAGAAUUGGCUCUACGAGUGGUGGAAUGAUGCUGCGUACCUGACUUACCGCGACCCCGUGGUGCCAUAUGUCAGUUACUUCUACUCUCACCGGGACGACCGACGGCGUCGCGAUCCCUCCAAGAGAGCGGCGGCUAUCACGACCGCGGCCCUGGAGUUCAAGAAACAGGUUGAUCUUGGGACCUUGAAGCCAGAGUAUAUGAAGAAGCUGCCGAUUUCCAUGGAGAGUUAUCAGUGGAUGUUCAAUGCUUGUCGUGUCCCUGCCAAACCGGCGGAUUACCCGAUUACCUACUCGCCCACGGAGAACAAACAUAUUUUGGUGAUCCGAAAGAAUCAGUUCUUCAAGGUCUUGCAUGAGGUUGAUGGGCAGCAAUUGAAUACUUCCGAGUUGGAACAGCAAUUCAAGAGGAUUUAUGAGAAAGCUGAGAAGGCGCCUGCGGUUGGUGCGCUUACCAGUGAGAACCGUGAUAUUUGGACCGAUGCUCGGGAGGUUCUGCUCAAGGCACAUUCUUCAAAUGCUGCAGCUUUGAAGACGAUUGAGUCUGCCUCUUUCGUUGUCUGCUUGGACGACGCUUCUCCAGUAACUCUAGAGGAAAGAGCUCAUCAAUAUUGGCACGGAGAUGGAGCGAACAGAUGGUACGAUAAACCACUUCAAUUCAUCAUCAACGACAACGGAACAUCGGGAUUCAUGGGCGAGCACUCCAUGAUGGAUGGUACACCCACCCACCGACUAAACGACUAUGUCAAUGAAGUAAUCUUUGCCAGCAAACUCGACUUUUCCGACCCUUCCAUCCGCUCCAAUCUUCCUGAGCCAACACCCAUCAAAUUCCACGUCACCAAGGAAGUAACUGCUGAAAUCGAACGUGCUACUAAGGACUUCACUGAGGUUAUUGGUGCUCACCAGUUACGCGUACAAGCGUACCAGGGAUACGGAAAGGGUCUGAUUAAGAAAUUCAAAUGUUCUCCCGAUGCCUACGUCCAGAUGAUCAUCCAACUCGCCUACUUCAAAAUGUACGGUAAAAACCGACCAACCUACGAAUCCGCCGCCACGCGUCGAUUCCAACAAGGCCGUACAGAAACCUGUCGUACCGUCUCGGACGACUCGGUCGCAUUCUGCAAAGCCAUUUCCGAUGCCAAUACCCAACCCGAGGAAACGGUUGCGCUGUUCCGCAAGGCUAUCAAUGCACAUGUCGAAUACAUCUCUGCUGCAUCCGAUGGCAAGGGUGUCGACCGACACCUCUUCGGAUUGAAGAAACUGCUCACGCCCGGUGAAGAGGUCCCUGCUAUCUAUAAGGACCCUGCGUUUGGGUACUCGAGUAAAUGGUUCAUCUCGAGUAGUCAGCUUAGUUCCGAGUACUUUAAUGGGUAUGGAUGGAGUCAGGUGGUGGAUGAUGGGUGGGGGAUUGCGUAUAUGAUUAAUGAGAAUAGGUUAGUUCUUUCCUUCUUUUUUCUCCCUUCCCCCUGGCCUCUACGCUCUUCCUAUCUCCCCCUAUUUUCUCCCCCUCGUUUACUGUAUCAAGAUUUCAACGUGGAAUGGAAUGAGUGGAAUGCUAACUUUCCUGCGUGUGAAUAGUAUCCAAUUCAACAUCGUCUCCAAGGGUCUCGGCAGUGAGAGGAUGAGCUUCUAUCUCAACGAGGCUGCUGGGGAUAUGAGGGAUUUGUUGAUGCCUACGCUGGAGAGUGCUAAGGCUAAGUUGUAAGCUUGAGCCACUUGGGGUCUAGAGAGAACUUGUUGUUUGGGAAUUCGUGGGUGGGGUUGAGAUUGUGGGAUCAUGGGACUAGUGAAAUAGGGCAUUGUGUAUUAUAGAUUUUAUUAAAGUCGUUUUAAAUUCAAUGGUUCGG